CGCGCUCAGAUAUAGGGAGAGAGCGCUGAGAAGCUGUCUCAGAUCCUGACGGUGCAGCAGCCCGCAGCCUCAGCCAGGGAGUCCCAGCCGCUUUCAAUGGAGGAGAAGCCCGGCCAGCCACAGCCUCAGCACCAUCACAGCCACCACCAUCCGCACCACCAUCCUCAGCAGCAGCAGCAACAGCAGCAGCAGCAGCAGUCGCACCACCACCACCAUUAUUAUUUCUACAACCACAGCCACAACCACCAUCACCACCACCAUCACCAGCAGCCUCACCAGUACCUGCAGCAUGGAGCCGAAGGCAGCCCCAAGGCCCAGCCGAAGCCGCUGAAACAUGAACAGAAACACACCCUCCAGCAGCACCAGGAAACGCCGAAGAAGAAAACAGGAUAUGGUGAAAUAAAUGGUAAUGCUGGAGAAAGAGAAGUAUCUUUAAAGAGCCUCAGUUCUGAUGAAACUACCAACCCUAUUUCCAGGGUCCUCAAUGGCAACCAGCAAGUUGUAGACACUAGCCUGAAGCAGACUGUCAAGACCAGCACCUUUGGAAAAGCAGGAAUUAAAACCAAGAAUUUCAUUCAGAAAAACAGUAUGGACAAAAAGAAUGGGAAGUCUUAUGAAAACAAAUCUGGAGAGAACCAGUCCAUAGAUAAGAUCGAUACUGUAGCAAUUCCGAAUGGUGUUGUGACAAAUAAUUCAGGCUAUAUUACUAAUGGUUAUAUGGGCAGAGGCGCAGAUAAUGAUGGUAGUGGAUCAGAGAGUGGAUAUACCACACCUAAAAAAAGGAAAGCUAGGCGCAAUAGUGCUAAGGGUUGUGAAAACCUUAAUUUAAUGCAGGACAAAAUAAUGCAACAAGAGACUAGUGUCCCGACCCUAAAACAGGGACUUGAAACUUUAAAGCCUGACUACAAUGAACAAAAGGGAAAUCGAGUAGAAGGCUCAAAGCCCAUUUGGAAAUAUGAAACUGGGCCUGGAGGAACAAGCAGAGGAAAGCCUGCUGUUGGAGAGAUGCUUAGAAAAAGUGCAGAUAUAAAACCUGGUGUGAAUAGCAAAAAGUUCGAUGAUCGGCCUAAAGGAAAGCAUGCUUCAACUGCUUCCUCCAAAGAGGACUCAUGGACCCUGUUUAAACCACCCCCGGUUUUUCCAGUGGACAAUAGCAGUGCUAAAAUAGUUCCUAAAAUAAGUUAUGCAAGCAAAGUUAAGGAAAACCUCAACAAAACUGUACAGAACUCAUCUGUGUCACCAUCUUCAUCUUCAUCCUCUUCAUCUGCUGGGGAAACUCAGACUCAGUCUUCAAGUCGGUUAUCCCAGGUUCCUAUGUCAGCUCUGAAAUCUGUUACUUCUGCCAACUUUUCUAAUGGGCCUGUUUUAGCAGGGACUGAUGGAAGUGUGUAUCCGUCAGGGGGUCAGCCACUGCUAACUACUGCUGCUAAUACUUUGACACCCAUCUCCACCGGGACUGAUUCAGUUCUCCAGGACAUGAGUCUGACUUCAGCAGCUGUUGAUCAAAUUAAGUCUAGCCUUUUUAUCUACCCUUCAAAUAUGCAAACUGUGCUAUUAAGCACAGCACAGGUAGAUCUGCCCUCUCAGACAGAUCAGCAAAACCUGGGAGAUAUCUUCCAGAAUCAAUGGGGUUUAUCAUUUAUAAAUGAGCCCAGCGCUGGCCCUGAGACUGUUAUUGGAAAGUCAUCAGACCAUAAAGUGAUGGAAGUGACAUUUCAAGGAGAAUAUCCUGCCACUUUGGUUUCACAGGGUGCUGAAAUAAUCCCCUCAGGAACUGAGCAUCCUGUGUUUCCCAAGGCUUAUGAGCUGGAAAAACGGACUAGUCCUCAAGUUCUGGGUAGCAUUCUAAAACCCGGGACUUCUGAGAGUGGAGCCUUAUCCUUGGAACCCAGUCAUAUAGGUGAUCUGCAAAAAGCAGACACCAGUAGUCAAGGUGCUUUAGUGUUUCUCUCAAAGGACUAUGAAAUAGAAAAUCAGAAUCCUCUGGCUUCUCCUACGAACACUUUGUUAGGCUCUGCCAAAGAACAGAGAUACCAGAGAGGCCUAGAAAGGAAUGAUAGCUGGGGUUCUUUUGACCUGAGGGCUGCUAUUGUAUAUCACACUAAAGAAAUGGAAUCUAUUUGGAAUUUGCAGAAGCAAGAUCCCAAAAGGAUAAUCACUUACAAUGAAGCCAUGGAUAGUCCAGAUCAAUGAAGGACCAGACUGCCUAUUCGUAACCUUUCUGCAGCAUUAGAGCCACCGUUCAUGGGAGACACAAGGCUUUUUUGCUCCUAGAUCUUCAAUGCAGCAGAGGAACCAUAAGUAGAAUCACAGGAUAAUAUAUACAAAUAUAUAUAUAUAUAUAUAUAUAUGCAUAUAUAUAUAUAGUUAUUUAAAAAUGGCAACUGAAAGUAAUUAGACUUCUUAAGGAAUCAAAUUUAUUUCAAGAGACUACACAUGGUUAUUUAAUCUCCGGUACUGAAUAGUUUUUUUUCCCCCUUUUUUUGUUAGUUUUUGUUUCUAAGUGUGAAUGCAAGUGAUUAAUGAAUACAGACUUAACAAGCGUGGUUCUAAAGUUCCUGCUGUCAUCAACUUGGGCAACAAAUGACCCACUGGAAAGGCAAAUCCACUUAAAAGAUCAUUGUAUCUUGUUCUGUGACUAAAGUGAGACACUAAUCACGGGGAACCCAGAAUGAUUCAACGUUUUCCCCUAUUCCUUCCCUUGAUCUUUUGAUUUUGAUUUAAGCCCUGCGAGAAUGCUGGAUAAAUGCCUUGAAGUUUGCAGGGGUGUAUUUUUUUAAUCAGAUAUGAUUUGCAUGUCUUGCCAGGAGUUAAGCAGCAGUGGGGUGUUGGGGAAACAUUUUCUUUCCUUUUGUUUUUUGUGGGGUGGGAAUAGGGGGAGGGCAUUUAAGUUCUACAAUUCUGGGUAUGGGGACAUAGUUCGGUUACAUGUUGGACCUCAACAACUGAAGAAUUCAUGAGUGUCAUUUAAGAAAAGUUGCAGAACAAGUGAUUGGCUUAGAUACAGAAAAAGUAUUCAUGUGCCCAUAUUUUAAUUAAUGUAAUUGUAUAACUGGGAGCAAAAGUAUAUAAGGCUUUUCAACUGUAGGUGCUCCAGACUUGCUCUCUGUCACUAACACUAAAUGUGCAGUUUUCUUAAGAGAAACUUAUACCUGUCUGUAAAUUCUAAUUUCAGUUUCUCAGCAAAAUCUAAAAGGAGAAGAAAAAAAAUCCCAUGAGGUCUUUAACUUUUCUUUUUUAGCCAGUGAGGAGGUAAUAAACACUGCUUAUUAGGGAUGUUUUCAUGCAAAUUACAAUUCUGAGCUUUUAGCGUCUAAUUAUAUCUUAAUAUAUUUUACUAUUAGAGCAAAAUGGGUUUUUAAGGAAAAUAAUGUGAAAUUCUGGAAAUUUUGUUCUGGGCAGAGAAGAGCUUUAGCCCUGUCUCAUCAUCACAUUGCCAUCCUGUUGCACUGCAGCUUGUGUAUAGCAUGCUAAAAUAAAUUUUUUUUGUGUGUGUGUGUGCAGAAACUAAGGGUCCAAUUUAAGAUUGGGUGAUGUUAGUGGCAUAAUAACAAGUUCUCUGGCCUGACAUAGCAUCACAUCAUACACACAAACACGUGCGCGCACACACACAUACAUACAAAAAUGAGUAUAUCCUUGUAUGUCAAAUACAGGUUAAAAUAGCAGGGCAUUUAUAUAGAUUUUCAGUCUUCUAAUAAAAGUAGACUGGAUCCUUCGGGUUAUUUGGGGGGAAAGUAGUUGCUUUUUUUUUUUUUUUUCACCUCUAUUAUGUCCAGUUUUGAGUGACUAGUAUGGAUGGGUUUUCUUGUUUUGUUAAUUAUUUGAGGCUUUUAACAAAUAGUUCAAGAAAGAAGCUGUUGGAUUCACCGUAGAGAAAAUACCUUUUUAGUCUGGAUUUCUGCCCUGCUUAGAUUUUUAAAAAGUAUAAGCAUGGAUUGCCAAUUCCACUUGAUGUAAACAAAACUUUUUAUACAUAAUAUAUAUAUAUAAUAACUUAUUGUAUCAGUCCAGGUUCAGAAACUUGUGGUAGGCCAGUUUCAGAUAGUUUCAUUUCACCUGUAAACUGUAUCACUUUUACUGAUAAUUGUAAUUUUCAAAUGUAUAAUAUGUUUACAGAUGUGCCCUGCAUUUAGUCUGCCUUGUUCUUAUUUUGAUUUUUGUUGAGUCUCCUGCCUGCUUGCCAAAAGCUAGGAUGCUUCAGGCCCAUGUACAAUUUAAAACAGAGGCAUCCUUGAGCUUUAAAGCAUUGAACAAACUGGAAAAUGCAACAUACCACAUACUGAAGUGAAAAAGUCUGUGUUUUUGUGUUUUUUUUUUAAAUAAAAAUUUUCAAAAAGUUUAAAAAAAAGGUAAAAGGUUGAUUAAACAAACAAAGGCUCCAGUUUGUUUUCUAGGUUUUAAAGUUCUGCUGUGUGUUUAAUUGCCUUGUGUAACCACUUGUCGCCUUAGGGCCAGAUCCUCACCCCACCCCUGUUUUUCUAAAUGUCCAUUUUGCUUGCCUGGGAUUUAAAAGUUCUCACAAAUCACAAGAAACUUCUGAAUUUUUGACAUACAGAGGUUGAGUGAAUAUAUUAAAAUGGAAAUAAUUCAGUUUCCGUCUAAAUUGGGCUUUUAACUUAGAAACAACACUUAGUAUCUUUACAAAGCCUUCACUUUGGUAAUUCCUUUUCCAGAUACCCCAUGCCUCUGUGGUUAGAGAAGCUAAAGAGAAUGUAUUCCUUCUGUUUGUCCAAAGGUUUUUUGAGUCUCACUUCUAAUGAAGCAAUGCAACAUUUCAUGUUGAUUUUCCACUGUAAUUUUCUUGAUAAAAUGGGUAGAGAUAUAGUAGUUUGGAAUGUCUCUUAACUUUCUGGGAACCCUAGUGCCCAUCAUAUUAACUGUCAGUAUUUUCUGGGCAUUGGGUUAAUCAACUUAAUUGCCUAGGUACAAGCAGGACUUUGGGACAAAUCUCUCCUUUGUGCUGUUUGGUUAUACUUGUUGCAAUCUUUCUCCUUAGUCCCUCACACAAUUCCUUACAGAGCACUUAUUAAAAAAAUCUUAAGAGUU